CGCGGUUAUCUGGGCUCUUCGUGAUUCUUCAUCACUGUUUUUUAUUGAACGCGAUAUUUUAAGCCGAUAGUAAUUAAUUUUACUUUAAUAUUAUUUAAACGUAUCUUAAUUUAAAGAAAAUCUAUAAACAGCAUUUUUUGAAUAAUAGUAAUUAUUAGUGUUUUAUAGGAUGGCGGAAGAUCUAGAUGUAGAAGCUUUACUUGAAGCCCCUUACAAUAAAUCGGAUUAUCCAUCUUCGAAGCAUCGCUCGGACAAGUAUUCAGAUAAGCACAGAGAUUCGGACAAGGAGAGCAGUAGGAGGCGCAGUAAAUCAAAAGACCGAAGAAGAUCGCGUGAAAGGGACAGUCGCCGCUCCAGAGAUCGAGAUGACAAACGUGAUAGGGGAGACCGUGAUAAAGAUCGCAGGGAGAAAGAAAAAGACCGUAGUCAUAGGGACAAAGAUAGAGAACGUGAACGUGAACGCGAUAAAGAGAAGAGACGUAGCAGGGACAAAGAUAAAGAAUACAGUCGCGAACGAGAGCGCAGUCGCGAUAGGCAGUCAACACACAAGAAAGAACGAAGCCGCGAAAAGGAAAUAAAGAGGGAUCAACGAUCAAAGUCAGUAAAUAUUGAACCAAAACUAGAAGAAUUACCUCCUGAAGAAAGGGAUCUCCGUACUGUUUUCUGCAUGCAACUUUCACAGCGCAUUAGAGCAAAAGAUUUGGAAGAGUUUUUCUCGUCUGUUGGUAAAGUCAGAGAUGUUCGGCUUAUUACAUGCAAUAAAACUAGAAGGUUUAAGGGUAUAGCAUAUAUAGAGUUUAAGGAUGCUGAGUCAGUACCAUUGGCAUUAGGUUUAACAGGACAAAAAUUACUUGGAGUCCCCAUUAUUGUCCAACACACCCAAGCAGAAAAGAACAGAGUUGGUAAUUCUCUGCCAAAUCUGGCACCAAAGACUAGCAAUGGGCCAACAAGAUUAUAUGUUGGAUCCUUACAUUUUAAUAUUAGCGAAGACAUGCUGAGAGGAAUUUUUGAACCUUUUGGGAAAAUUGAUACAAUACAAUUGAUGACUGAUCCAGAAACAGGAAAGAGUAAAGGAUAUGGGUUUCUUACGUUCCACCACGCAGGUGAUGCUAAGAAAGCUAUGGAACAGUUAAAUGGAUUUGAAUUAGCUGGUAGGCCUAUGAAGGUUGGUAAUGUAACUGAGCGCCCAGAUGGAGGCACCAAUACACGGUUUGAUGCAGAUGAAUUAGACCGAGCUGGUGUUGAUCUUGGUGCCACAGGUCGUUUACAGCUCAUGUUCAAACUUGCAGAAGGUACAGGAUUGCAGAUUCCUCCGGCCGCUGCCUCAGUACUUAUGGGAGCGGGAUCUGCAUUAGCUUCACAGCCGCAAAUAACACCGCCCAUAGCAACACAAUGCUUCAUGCUCAACAAUAUGUUUGAUCCAGCAUCAGAAACAAAUCCACACUGGGAUAUUGAAAUUCGGGAUGAUGUUAUCAGUGAGUGCAACAAGCAUGGUGGGGUGUUACAUGUUUAUGUGGAUAAGGCGUCUCCUCAAGGAAAUGUCUACUGCAAGUGUCCAACAAUAGCAACUGCAGUUGCAUCUGUCAAUACUCUGCAUGGACGAUGGUUUGCUGGCCGUGUGAUCACAGCUGCCUAUGUUCCUCUUGUAAACUAUCAUUCACUAUUUCCCGAUGCCAUGACUGCACUCUCAUUAUUGCUUCCUACGCGGCAACGAUAAAUGUACAUUAUUGGUAUUACUAAUGUUUUAUUAAACUGUACACCCUAAUAUAGAAAGAAUAUAGUGUGUUGUCUUAUAUUACAAAUAAAAUAUUGAUCGUA